AUGAGUUUUAUGAUUUUAUACCCGAUCAGCUCAUUGGCACGUUUGUACGCUGAAACACUCCCAGAACAAUACACGAUCGCAACUCGUUCAAAACCUUUCGAAAAUUCCAGUCACGCUUCCGAAUACGAUUCACUGAGUUACGUCUCUCGUCGAAUCACCAACAAAGAUCCAAGAAACAUAACGAACGAGUCACCCGUCAUGUCCACUAAAGGUGUAGUAUUCAAUUUGACCGUAUCGUUACCAGGAAAUCUCCUUGUCACCAAUUAUACUCGAUUCUCCAUAUCAGCCAAGGGUGAUUCACAAUCGCAAUCGAGUCUUCCUCUCAGUUUUCAACCUACUGACUUGAAUGACCUCGGUCAAAAGUGGAAUCAUACUGAAGAUGGCAGACUUCGAGUUGCCGGUGAAGACAAUCAAUAUACACAAUGUCUGACUCAAGAUUUGACCAAGGAUCUAGGAACAUUAGACAGUCUCAUAACUUCAUCAUGUGAAGAAGGAGGUGAGGGCGAUCACACCAACUUCAAUCAGAUCUGGGAAUUUGUUAAAGAUAAUUUUACACCCACUGGUAUCGUUGAUACCGUGGGAUUCUGA